AGCUUGAGAAAGAUGAUGAAAGUGUUGUAUUUCUGUGUAUGGAUAUCCGGGUUAAUCGGCCAAGGACAUGCAUAUUGUAAAUUUACACCUCAUGCAUCAAAAACAUGUUUAGAGUUUUGGACGUUCACUGAUAUGACAUAUGGUUGCCUGAAUGUAAAGGAUAAUAUGAAGUUUUCUGGACAGAAUAAAAUUGUUGAUGGAGAACAUUUUAUAAGUGUCAAUACUACAGACAUGAAUACAGGGAACAUUAUAACAGUAUGGGUUCGAAAGGCUGACGGACAUUGUACAAUGAACUGCUGUGAUAGGAAGACAAAUCAGAGACGUUUCCUUCUUGUGAUUCACCCUGAUUUAAAUAAAGAGUGUGAGUAUAUAUGUCAUGGACACUCCACGAGCUGUGCGUUAGUUGGAUUUACAGUGUUUUGUGAUUGUAAGGAAGGAUAUUCAGGACAUCAUUGUGAUAAAGAGGAUCCGUGUCAUAAUGUUGCGUGUCAAAACGGAGGACAAUGCUCAUCUGGAUUAUGUUCUUGUAUGAAUGGUUUCACCGGUCAUCAUUGCGAGAUAAAGGACCCAUGUCAUGAUGUUAUGUGUCAAAAUGGAGGACUUUGCUUGUCUGGGUUAUGUGGUUGUGUGAAUGGUUUUAUUGGUCGACGUUGUGAGAUGAUGAUGCCAGCAACAACUGUAAAAAGUAUACAAACAACGCAAACUACAGGUCAGAAGACAAUAUCACCAGUACAAAACAUACAAUCAACGCUACCUCCAAACCAGCAGACGAUACCAUCCUUAAAGCAAUGCGCAGAUGAACAGUUUAUCAACUGUCAAGAUCCAGAUAUAUGUCAAUCCCCAUUUAGUGGCAGGUGCCCGUUAAGUUGUGGGAUUUGUGGUAUGUGUAGCUCAGGUUACUUCAGAUAA